GAUAGUUGUGAGCAGUGCUUCGUGUCGUAAUGAUCUUCAUUGCCGAAGAGGAAUGUUGAGUGGUCGCGGUAAUUUGCAUAUUUAAGUCCUUGGGAGCAUUCUAGAAAGUCGAAAAUACUUGGUGGGAAAUUGAUCAGUGAUCAAAUGCUGAAUAUAGUUGGAAAGCGGUGGAUACUACGAUCGAGAUGUAUUUCUCCUCUUGCCACUUGGUAUCAAUCAGAAGGGAGUACAGCAUCUCGCUUGUUUUCAUCAACUUGUAGAAAAAAUGGAUCGGGGAUGUUUGGUGGGUUCGCUAGGAGUAACUUGGGCCUCGAGCACGGUUUGGUCCGACCGGUCUUGGCCUCCAUCCGCCAACUACCGGAAGUCGACGCCGCAGUUUCUGAUCAAUCCCCAUCCACAUUAACUAUCGACGGUCUGAAACGGGCAUCGGAAGUGUUUGCAUCCUUUGACAAAGGAGGACGGGAACAUUUGGCUGUCCAAGCACUCUUGGCGGAAUGUCAACAGCGCCUAGGUCUCUACGACGACGCUAUAGGUUCAAUUGAAGAGCUUCAGCAUUCCUUGCACGGUUCCGAAAGUGAAACGGCUCACAACUUUAAAGAGGACACGAUCUUGGCUCUUGCAAAAGUUUAUUGGAUGAGGGGUGAUUUUGAAAAGUCGCAAGCGUUAUGCGAAGCAAUCAUUUCAACAUACGAUGAUUUGACCGAGACAUUCCCUUCCACGAAACUGCACAUGGCAUCCGCGAUGACGGGCAAGGCUCUGUCGCAAUUGGCAGCCAUGAAAACGAUGGACGAUGCUUAUUCCGUGAGAGAUUUUUUCGGGGUUGCCAUAAAAUUUUUGGAACGACAUCCGCCCUCCGAAAACACCUUGCCUCAGGCGGUUGCCCUCUCAAAUGCGGGCGUUGCCGAGGUAAUCUAUAAUCUGUAUUUACAAGAUACGAACGACGUCUCCGUGCCGAUGACUCCUGCACUUAAAUAUCUGUUUCAAGGACUACAGAAGACAAAGGUGAAUCAGAGCACAAGUAGCAAGAAAAUUGUGGCGGCCUCGCAUGCGCUAGAAGCAAGUAUCCAGGCAAAUCUAGCGUGGGGAGUUAUCAACUACGAAGAAGAUCGUUCAGAUCGAGUGAAGAAGGCAUCCGAAUAUGCAAAAAAAGCCCUUGCCUUUUAUGAUGCGGAAGGCAUCGUCGGAAAAGAAGGGUUGUCAUGGAUACUGUCGGUCGUAGCCUCAUGUUAUCAUCAAGCUGGCAAUGCCGUCACGGCGGAAGGUCUUCUUCAAUCUGCUAUAAGUAAAAAGGAUAUGCCCAUCGAUACAUUGUCAAGGUUGCAACUACGAGACGCAUACAGAGAGUAUUCUAAGCUAUGCAUGGAAUGGGAUAAAAGAGAAAAGGAUGCUGAGAAUCACAUCAAAGAUGCAGAUGAUGUUGAAUCUUCUUUGCCUUCCAACUGGCAGGGGAAAUCAUCAGGGAUUCAUGGAAGUCUUUGGUUUUGGACACCUGGUGAUUUUUUAUAGAAUCAGCAGCUCAACAAGCAGAAGGAUUUUAGAGAGCUAUGUCUUCGCAGUUUCAUUAUGUUUCGUUAAUAGUAUGACCUGGUAAUGACCGGAAGUGAAUAACUGUUCGUUACAGUAAUCCUCAUUUGACGUUAUGAUAAGAAAGUUCUUCUCAGUAAAGAUGAAUCUAAACU